GCCGGUAGAGGGAUCAUGCCAAUCGAAAUCUUAGUGAACUGCAACAAUGGCUUCGUCAUCUAACCUACGGAGGAGGCAAACUCGUACUAUGAAUGGAGGAGCCAAUUUCUUGGACAAGAAACACGAAAUGGGUCGCGCACGAGCGCAAGAAGUUCGCCGACGUGCUGAGCAAUUGAGAACGGAAUUGGUAGAACAGAUUGAUGGUCAACUCAAUGAGUUACUCGAUGACGUCCUCUACGAUGUGGAUAACUUGGAAUCCGUCGUAGAUCACUCGUUUGUUAGAGACAAGCUGAAUGGAAAUAAAGUAUUUGUGGCAAGACAGUCAAUGUUGACGGAACUUCUUGAAGUUAACCAUAUCAAGACAAUCUACAACAUCUUUGUGGCCCUACUUGUCAUGUUCAUUAUAAAUACAGUGGUCUAUGACUACAUUGAUUCAGGGAGUCUUUCACUUGACCUCUCAAUACUGAAAUGGGCAUUUGGUAAACCUUCGAUAGUUGUCAGCUUGUGGCUCGUAAUGAAGGUCAUGGCACUCUCUGCAUUUCCUCUUUUCAUGGCUUGGCACACAAACCGCCAUUCAUGGUUGCCUAUACCAGACCUGGUCUGGCUUACUUUUUACAUUAUCUACAUGACUGUAUUUACAAUACUCCCUGUCAAAGAAGUUUGCCAACAGGAUCUUCCACCUGCCUCUUCAAUUAUCAUCCUUGCAGAACAGAUUCGCUUUAUGCUCAAAGUGCAUGCAUUUGUCAGGGAAAAUACACACAAGGUUCUUUCCUACAAAAAGUCAAAAGGGCUAAAGAAGAACUCAGAGUCGUCUGCAGAAACAGAUCAAGCUAAUGAGGGAGAUAUCGAUGAUGCAAAUGAAGACAGAGAUGAGAAAGAAAAGCAGUCAUUACCGGAGUUUGGACAAUACCUGUACUUCUUAUUUUGCCCAACUCUCAUCUACAGAGAUCAGUACCCUAUGACUCCUUGUAUCAGAUGGAAUUAUGUGGUAUCCAAUUCAUUUCAAACCGUGGCCUGUAUCUUCUACACGUACUACGUUUUUGCCCGUUUUUGUGUGCCCGUGUUCAGGAAUAUUGGAAAGGGACAUUGGAGUUUUAAACAUUUCACGUUGUCAGUAUUCAACUGUAUGCUUCCCGGGACAAUGGUUCUUGUUCUUGGUUUCUUUGCCAUCCUUCAUUCCUGGUUAAAUGCCUUCGCGGAAAUGACCAGGUUUGCUGACAGAAUGUUUUACGAGGAUUGGUGGAACUCUACCUCCUACGCUGACUACUACCGCACAUGGAAUGUUGUAGUGCAUGAUUGGCUGUACGCGUACAUCUACAAGGACGUUUUGAUGUGUCGUUUGUGUUCUUGAAACCAAAGAAACACGUCGAGAACAUAUCUCAGGCUUGGAACGUGUUUAUGUGGAUCACAUUGAUCAUCGGCAAUGGGCUGUUGAUGUGCUUGUACAGUCAGGAAUGGUUUGCCCACCGGAACUGCCCCAGUACGAGUAAAUCGCUCCUGGAUCAAUUAACCCCUCGGUCUUGGAGUGAGGAGUGUCUAAAACUGUACCAGCACACUCAAUAAAGAAAAAUCAUCUGCAAGACUUACUCGUGUAUCACAUGUAACAUACAGGAAAACAAAUGACAUGUCAUGAUCAAACGUAAAACCAAUUCUUACCGACCGUUGUAAAUUAAGAAAGAGGGCCUUUUAGUUUCACGGGAAAACUAAGUGAAGACUUUUAUGUGACUUUGAACUGCUCUGAUUGAUUUGAAUUGUCUGACUUCUGGACCCUUAAGAGUGACGAGCAUCUAAGUUCUCCUUACAUUAUCGCCCCUGAAUCAAAGACUAAGGUAACGAGAAUACAGGAAACGAUCACCAAUGAAAGAAGCUUGUGAAUGUUAAACCGGCAAAUUCUCCUCGUUAGCAUCUUAGGAAAUUUUGGAGAACAGUACGAAGAAUAUGCAUUUUGAUUUUAGGUUGGAAAGGGUUAACCCAAUCCUAGUUAUUACCUUUACGGUUUUUAACGAAAAAUUGAAUUGGACGCUUUUAAAAGUUCGUCGGUUUUUGGGAUUAAUACUGAAGACAAAUAGAAAACUUGACAUGAAAGAAAAAAUAAUGGAACUGAACACAAAUCGUUGUCUCAUCCAUUAAAAUAAUAUUUGUCACACAGUUGAA